CGAUAGCCUUGCUAUAUCAGUCGACGAAGGUUUUCCUGUUUAAAUCGUUGCAAUAACCGUAAGGUAUAAAUCUACGUGGCAACCAGCAGAGCGAUUUUAUUGUCUCUCUUUUAUUUCGCCAGCAAGUUCGUUCGCCAUGCGUCAUCAUUUCUACACGAUGCUUUUCGGAGCAUUUGUGCUCGCAUCUGCUUUCGGUGAGGCUGAUCCCUUCAAUUCCAAUGGAGAUGAAGUACAGACCGAGACAACGAUUGAAGAAGAAUCUCAAACUCAAGAACCUAACGUUGGAGAAGUCGAUGGAGAAGGGACUCAAUCGGAGACAACUGAAGAUCAAAUCGGUGUCUUCUUUGGUGAAAAUGCUGGGAGGAGUGAGGCUGGAACCGAAGAAGAGAUUUUAUUAGAGACGACCAAUGAUGAACCGAGUCCAGCUGAAAAUGUAGAAACAGUUGACACACCUGCUGAAGAAAUUCAACCCAAUCAACAACCCAAUGUGGGGGAUGAUUCUGCAGUUGAGACUGACACACCUGCUGAAGAAAUUCAACCCAAUCAACAACCCAAUGUGGGAGAUGAUUCUCCAGUUGAGACUGACACACCUGCUGAAGAAAUUCAACCCAAGACGGACGUAGAUCAAGAGCCAACAAUGAGCCAUCCUCCCAAAGACGUUGGCUUCUUUGAAAUGAUUCGAUCUUUCUUCAGUGUUUUCACUGAAUCGGCGAGUCCCAGCCCAGUGCAAGUUAGCAAUCCAACACCAAGAACAGUCGGCCGGUAUUUUUUUUCUCAUGAUUCUGACGAAGAUAGCCAUAGCUUCGAAGAUGAUGACAUCUCUGACGAAAUGCCGAUGCCUGUCCAGCUCGCCCAAAUCAAGCAGUUUGUUCGAACCAACACGCCGACUGAUCGUGUCAGGACUGACCAACAUGAAGCCCAUCCCGUUGUAAAUCAAGCUGCCAAGCAACACGUCGUAGGAAGAAGCCAAACACCUGCCCCAUCCAGCAGAAGUGUUUACGUCAUCACCGAUUCUGAUGAAUAUGAUUACGAUCAUUCUUACGAGCAAGACAUGUCGUUGGAAGUGGACUAUGAUUUGCUGCCUGAGAUACGACGCUUUCUAGAACCGACUAUCGGGCAUGGAGAAGUAAUAAAUCAUUACGAAGAGCCUGGCGGCGGUUUAUUGAUGGGCACGCAAGACAUCUUAGAAAAUCCCAUUUUCCAGCAAAAGAUGCAGGAAAUCGACAACCGUUUGAAAAGGGCGUCAGGAGCGAACGGCAAGCGUCUAAUGGAGAAAUACGCUGAAGCUCUUGCCGUUCACUCAACUCCGUCCCUCAAUAUGGCGAGCACUUCUGUCACGUUUUCCUGUUUCCUCCCCUUCUUUAUCACCUGUCUUUUGGCUCGCCUUUCGUAGCUGGGGCGAGAGCAGUUGUACAUUGCGUUCCAAUUUUAAUGAACCAUUUUCCCUCUCUGCCCAUUGGGUUUUCUCUCUACACUAUAGUUCGAUUGUAUUAUUAAUAGUAUGCUGAAAUACAGGUCAACACAACAAUAA